AGUUACUUCGCUACUGACUACGACCCCACGAUAGAAGACUCGUAUACCAAGCAGUGUGUUAUUGACGAUGUGGUGGCCAAGCUGGACAUUCUGGAUACUGCUGGACAAGAAGAAUUUAGUGCUAUGAGAGAGCAGUACAUGCGUUCAGGUGAAGGUUUCCUGCUGGUCUUCUCCGUUACUGACCGCAAUAGCUUUGAUGAGCUGCCACGUUUCCAUAAGCAGAUUCUCCGGGUGAAAGACCGUGAUGAAUUUCCCAUGUUGAUGGUGGCCAACAAAGCAGACUUAGAACACCAAAGAGUGAUAAGUACUGAAGAAGCACACACUGUGGCCCGGCAACUAAAUCCAUACAUCGAAUGUUCUAAGAGUCGCACAAAUUUGGAUCAGUCGUUCUAUGAACUUGUGAGAAUAGUGCGUAAGUUCCAGGCAGCUGAGCGACCUCCUGCAAAACCUGCUGCUAAAAAGAACAAAAAAAAUUGUGUUAUUGUUUGAAACUUGACUGACUUAUUGUAUUAAUAAGGGGUCAAAGUCAUGAAAUUGCAAAUCAAAGGCAUAAACUGAAAUAUAUAAACAUGAACUGCAGAUUUCACUGACUCUAGAUGUUGAUCUUCCAGUUUUUGUUUAUCAUGGAAAGCGUUAAGUGUCUUUAAUCAUGAGCAACUUGCAGUAAAGGACUAUGUCCAACAGAAAUAAUAAUAUAUAUGAAUUAGAAAAGAAGAUGAACUGUAAGUUUAAGAUAAUUUUUGUGAAUACUGUACAUCUAUAUACAGCCUGACUUGUCAUGAUUGUUAGAUAAUUUGUGGAGAUGCUUUGAAAUCUUAUCCUAGGCAGAUAUCUUCACAGAAUAUCUGCCUUGUUUGAUUAGAUGGUGAUUUCUAAUAUCACAGUUAAGUGCAUUAAGCCAAGAUAGUGAUCUCAAGGCAUUGUCAUAUCAAUACAGAAAAUCUUGACAGUGUUCUGUGCAGCAGCAUACUGCAGCCAAUACUCAUUUUAGUGUAUCUAUAUAUUUUUUUAUUUAUGAAUAUAAUGGUAGUUCCAGCUAUAUUGUACCUUGUAUUCAUAUGAAAAUAUGUAUUUUUAAUUACUGUAUAUAUAUUAAGGCAUUUUCUUAAAAGUGUUGGUUAUCUGCUUAAAAUUUUCGACAAAAAUGUAAAAAAAUAUUUUAACACUUUUAUUAAUAGUAUCAUGAUUAAAUACUAUAAUGAAUUCAGUACAUUAAAAGACUGACUGUAACUAUUAAUACUGUAUUUCCCAGGAACUUUUAUGCUGUAUAUGCCAAGAGUACUCAGUACAGUAUUUCAUUCACUGGAUACAAACUUAUAACUGUCAGAAACAGAUUAAUUAACAUGUGCUUGUUUUUUUUUUCAUUUUAUAAUGCCCCUGUUCCAGAAAAAAAAAAUGGUGGCCAUGUUUGGUCAGGUGUUGGUGUAACUAUAUCAUUUUUCAAAAUUCUUUACUUUUUUCAUUAAAUUGCAAUGUUUAAAGUACACUAGCUCGAAUUAAAGCUGAGAGCUUAAGAAUUCCCAAACCUGCAUGCUAAUUACUGUACCAGAAUCAAUGAACCACAUAAGAUUCCAGCUGGGAUGUGGAACAGUCGCAGACCUUCUAUCCACUCUACUACAUAAUCAUAAGACUGCAAACAUAAAGUGAAUGACAUUUAUAUAUAUAGUAACAUUUCUUGUACACGUGUGUGACUGCUCAUAUACUAUAUAUGCUACAGAAUAUGUUUUUAUUGAUCUUGUUCUUUGGAAUUGCCAAGUAAUAUCUGUGCUUAAAAUUCAAAUUAGUUUUGAAGUAUGGUAAGACCCCUGCAUCCGCAGGAUGUGUGUUCCAAGGACCUGCCGUGGAUACCGAAACCGUGGUUAGUAGCCAACCCUAUAUACAAGUCUUAUACAUACCUAUUAUAAAGUUUAAUUGAUAAGUUAUGCACAAUAAGUGGAGAAUUAUCACUUAUUCACUGAUAGGAAGUGCUUCUUGGCUUCUCUUAGGUUUUGAAGAACUGCCAGGCUUUCUACUUUUGCUCUCUGGGGCCAUUAUUAUACAAAAUUAAGAGUAAACCAUGGAUACCAAAUCAGUGAAUAUGGGGGUUCUACUGUAUGUGUAAAAUUUGAAUAUACAUUAAAUAUUUGUGCAAAGUUAUUGGAAACAUAAGAAAAUAUAUAUUUGGUAUAUUACUAUAUUCAUAAUUAUCAAAAACAUUCACAAAAAAAUGUUAAACCCUUAUGGGUCAUUCAGUGCUGCUAUAUUUAGUAUACAGCCUCUCCUCACUUAACGGUGGAGAUAGGGACCUAAGACCCUCUUGGUAAAUGAAUUUGUUGCUAAACAAGGAGCAUACUAUAAUGGUAGUGGAUUUUUGUCAACCAUCUUUGAUAUUGUUUUAAUGUCACCUUUACACCAUUUAUAACAUUUCUAGUAUAUUUUUAAAUGUUUAUACUGCAGUGCACUGUAUAUUGUAGUAAACAGAAUUGAGGAAAUCAGCUCUAAUAUACAUUAUUUAGGUAUAAAUAAUGGUCAGAGAGCCCGUCGUAAGUCCGAGGCGUCGGUAAAUGAGUAUGUCGCUAAGUGAAGAAAGGCUGUAAACAUUUAACUUCACAGUAAAGUUCUCUUGUGAAGCUUGUUUUACAUAUGGUUGUUAAACAUAUAGUACAUUAUUAUUAUAAUCAUAGGGAAGUGUUAGACUCAUAGGGUCAUAUGGUGCCUAGAGAAUAGAAGGCAAACAGGUUUGAUCCAUGCAAUUAGAGGAUGGUUUUAAUUCUUUAGAUAAAAGUUGGGGGUUAGGAGAUUUGUCAGGAAAGAGAAGUGUUUCCUGAUGCGGGUCUUAGUCAUAUGAUGAUCUGCCACUGGAGUUUUUGGUCAUUUGACCAAGACCUUCCACUGGCUUACCAAUUUGCCCCUUUAAAAAUUGAGAGCCCUUUUUCCUUCCUGGCAUAAAAGUACUUUCUGUGAGGAAAUAUAUACAGUACUGUAUAGCUAUUAUACUUUUGAAACUACUGGUAUGUACAGUAUACUUAUCCUCACCACUAAACUAUACUGAAAUGAUAAGGGUACACCCUUAUUGUAUGUAAGGAUUAAUAGUUUUAUUAUUACUAAGAGUCUAUGAUAUUCUGUAUGAAUAGUGUAGAAUAAAUCCUCUCAUAGUGCAUGGAUAAGUUUGUGGAAAUUAGUGGGAUGUGAAUGAAGAACAUUUGGAAAACAUAAGGUUACAUUCCAGAGCCCCCCAGAUUUGCCCCCCAAAAAUAAAAAUUUAUCUUGUUGAAUUCUAAUUAUAGUUACUUGGUUAACAUGGAAGUAUGGAGAGGAUUGAUUUGGCCCUGCAAGGCUAAGAUGGACGAUUGUGGUUCUUGGGGUAGAUGCAGAUUUUUCAGUAGCUGUUGUACUCAAGCACUCUGUAAUGAAUCUCUGGUACAGUACUUUGUAAAGAUAAUGAUAAAAGCUGAUUUCAAACCAUCCAGCAUUAAACAUGCACUGUUGUCAAGAUUCUCCAUCCUCCUUGCACAAUUUUAUAGGCAGGGCUUUGUUCUUUAUUAUCUGAGCACUAGUAUUACAUUCAUGGGGUAGGAGGGGCACUAAACCUGUAGGGGUCAUACAGCAUCUGGAGGAAUGGAAGCAAUCAGGUUUGCUCCAGGAGAGGUCAGUAUCAUAGCACUGUAUGGCAGCCCCCAUUCCUUUUUUUUUUUUCUUUAACCCACACAUUAAGUAGCUUCUUUUUCUUUUAUCUUUAACAUUCUCUCCAGGUUACAAUUUGUACUGCACUUUGCACAAGUUCUUAUUACCUGAUCACUGACAUUGUAUGGACAGUGGAUUUUUACACCAAAAGUGCAGGCAGUUUGCAUCACACAUGCCACCUUGUAGCAUACCUAAAAUUUCCACUUUCCUCAGUACUGUCAGAGCUUCAUAGUCAUGCCUCUUGGUACCUCCAACAUCACUAGUAUUCGUCUUGGGUACCAAGGUUAGUAGAAGAAGGGGUGAUGAAAAGAUCCAAUACAGUGCUAAACAAGCAGAUUGUGAAAUGGUGGCAUGUAGUACCAAUUUUGCAUCUAACCUGUCAUGCUUUUUUUUUUUUUUUUUAGGGUUUAUGGUACAUAAUACAAAGCAUUAUAGCAUGCUAUGAUAUUUUUUGCACUUUUAAAUAGUGUUAGUACAAAAUGUCAUUUUGAUUUUGCAAUAAUUAAAGAGUUACUGUAUACAAAAGCAACCUUUCAGAUAUGAAGCUAUCAUAUACAGUAUAUUUCUGAAAAUUAAAAUAAAUUAUCUUUAAAAAAUGUAUACAGUAGACACUUUCAAAUAAGGGCAAAAGCACUUUGGAAAAAAAAAAAAUGCCCCAGUUUGAGGACUGGUUCUAUUCAACUGGCAAGUCUUUCUGUUUUGCAUAGAUAUGAUCAAAAUCCACUUACCAUACAUCACCUAGAACAGUUCAUAUCACUUAGUUUGCAUUUUUAAUAACCAGUGCUUGCUUUUUUUUUUUUUUAAUACUCUUAGUAUUAUGCUGAAAAAUCAUUUUGUAGUAACUAUUUAUAUUAAGAGAGUAUACCAAAUCAUCAGUUUCAAAUUUUUCAUAUUAUUAUUAACCCUUAAACUGUCCAAACGUAGAUCUAUGUUCAUGUGCAUAGCGCUCCGACCUUGAUUUUCCCCAUUUGAAAGCAUGUAAAAAGAAACUUAGAUCUACGUUUGGACAGUUUAAGGGUUAAAUAAGAAAUACUAAAUGGAUAUUGGUCAUAUUGUGUUACU